CGCACUGCGUUGGGGGUGCCACAGAGCACCAGCAAGAGGAGGAGGAGGACACGUAGGCGUCCACUGCUUCGGCUGAAGACCCUGGGUCUGUGCUGACGAAAGGUGCGGGGCCGUGUACCUGUUCAGAUCCACUUUUGGCCCGGCCUCUAUAAAGGCCUCACGGCCAUGCACAAGAUAGAUGGCCACCAGGUGGAUGUUCCGAGCGUGGUCGUACUUGUGGGGCUGCCCGGAGUGUUUCACCUACCCACACACCAACACGCGCGUCGUCUUGAGGAAGUUGUUGAACUCGACCUCAAACCAAUCAAACACCUCCGGAUCGACGUUGCCAGGCUGCAGGCUGUCAAUGGCAUUCGAGGCUAUCACUGGAUUACCAUAUCAGGAAUCACACAAGUGGGUGAUGUGCUGUCGGUUUCUUCUUCUGGCUGGUUGCGGCCAACCGUAUUGGGUCAGAAACCGGCGGCUCUGAAAGUGCGUGAACCCGCCAAACUCGCUACACCCCACUUGUGCCGACACCACAGCAGAGCUGGCUAUAGUUUGCGCCCGCUGAAGACAGACGUUGCAUCCGUCUCCGCGGUAUUGCUUGUCGCACAGACUCCCACCGCACGCGGCGACCACUUGAACAACGGCAGAGACACACACAUAUACACACACACGCCCGCCCGCACCCACACACACCCAUAAGCAGACAGACCCACAAUCAGCCAGAGAGAGAGAAACGAGGUUCUUUCAGCUCUCUCUCUCUCUGCCGACCCCAGUGACAGCAGAUCGUGCGUGUCAUUGAAAAGGCAGACACACAUACAAAUUCACACGCAUACAAUGGCAUUCCUGCCUGGUAUGCUGUAUGCUGUAUUGUCUGGCUCAUCCGGCGAGCUGACACACCCGUGCGGUGUCUUGCGGCGUGUAAUUGAUUAGGCCGAACAUUCUUCGAGACCUCAACUCUCUGACACACACCGUUCUCACACAGUUGGCAGCACAACGAAGAGUUAGAGUAAAUGAUGGCCUCCUCAUCUGUCCCCUCCUUUCGCUCACAUGCAGAAGAAGAGGGUUGAGUAUGUACACACCUGGCCGGGAGCCUGACCGCCGCUGCCGCCCUGGCCUGCCUGCUGCUGCUGCCCCUGCUGCGCACCGGCUCCGCGGCCGCUUCGACGGUUCAGGGCCCUCUUUGUCAGCGUCAAAGGGGUCGUGCCGGUCUGCCCGGUGAUGUGCAUG